AAACAAUCGAGAUUCUGCAUUUUAUUAAUUUACCAUUACCGUUUUGAGGUGCUCAUAGCUAAAAUCCAAUUUCCACUUUUCGUCUCUCUCUUCCUCAUCAAUGGCGGAAGCUGCUGAUAAAUCCCCGACUCUAGCUGAGCAAUAUUUUGUGAAAGAGAAAGAGGAUAAAGCUGAUAAUGGUGUGAGUCCUGUUGAAGUCAAAGAAGUUGAAAACCCAAAGGAUAUUGCUUCUGAGGAAGCUGCAGUUGAGAAAACUGUGGAAGAAACACCCACAGUUGUUGCUGAGGAAAGCAGUGAAGUCACUCCUCCUGCUGAACAAAGCAUCAAUCCCACCUCUCAUGCUUCUGAAGUGAGCAAUGAUGCAACAGCAGAGCAAAGUAGUGGGAAUACUGAAGAAGAAAAUGUUGGUGAUCAACAUGUGGCAGAAGAGACCCCGCAAAUUAAGCUUGAGACUGCUCCAGCAGAUUUUCGUUUUCCAACUACAAAUCAAACAAGGCAUUGCUUUACUCGAUACAUUGAAUAUCACAGAUGUGUAGCUGCAAAGGGAGAAGGUGCCCCAGAAUGUGACAAGUUUGCAAAAUAUUAUCGUUCUCUUUGCCCUGGUGAAUGGAUUGACAGAUGGAAUGAGCAAAGAGAGAAUGGAACAUUCCCAGGACCGCUCUAGGCGGCGCUUGUCUGAAAUCGUCAACCAAUUCAAUUGUUCCUGUCACAUUUAAAAUUGCUAUUCUGC